UGAGCACAUGUACCUAAUUUCGACCCAUUACUGUAAGCAAGUCAUUUCUGAGCACCCUUGAGACCCCCCUCCUUCCCCUGUUUUUAGCGCCUAAUUACUGAACCAUCCGCAUGUCCCUACAGUAAGCAGAUCCCACCCACACGAGCGUACGCACAUGAAACACUCCUUCGACCGGAUUCUACAAAUAUUCAAAUUCAUCAGGUGAUGUGAUAUACCAAGCCCUGCACGAGCUCGUCAGUUCAGGAUUUCACCAGUUGUGAGUGCGGUGCAGCAGCGAGUCACGAUGAAGAUGCUAGCGCGGUCCCUGAUGCUUGCUGUUCUCGGCCUUGCCGUGUGUACAGUCGCGGCAUCCUCGGCAAAAGACGACAACCGUAUGGGAGAGAAUGCUUCGAACCGACAGGAUUCCGAAAGCCAGGCCGACGACAAGCGUGGUGCCCUACCAAUAGAUUCGCUUCUACACGGAACAGGGCUGGACCACUUCAGCGGUAAGCGUGCAGGGAGGCCCAUAGACCACAUCAUGCAGGGCUUCGGUCUUCCCAUGGUCAGAAGACGUGAUGGGACCGAUCAAGAGGAUCACCAAGACGAGGGGGAAGACGCAAGCAGCAGAAGAGAGCGAGCUGCUCCGAUAGAUUCGAUCUACGGAGGGCUGCUGUCCACGAUGGGGAAACGAGCAGCGCCGAUAGAUUCGAUCUAUGGCGGGAUAGGACUUCCAAUCAGCGGUAAGCGGGCGCUGCUUCCAAACGGCUCCGUCUACAAGGGCCUACCCGCGAUGGCCGAGCGGUCAUCAGCUCCCAUUGAUGCAAUCAUCGGGGGGCGCGGCCUGCCCAUGUCAUACAAACGAGCAUCUCCGAUCGACUCCAUCCUUGGUGGAAACGGCCUGCCAAUCAUGAACAAACGGCGUAAUAUGGCGCUGCCAAUCGACAACAUCAUCGGCGGGUACGGCCUGCCCAUAUCCGUCCGCGUUGGUAAAAAAAGAGUUCGCGAUACGGAAGUGGUGCCCGAAAACGACAAGGAGCCGUGGCUACAGUACAUCUGGUAGGAAACAGAAAUUUCACUCAGCUCAGUCGGGUUGAGGGCUUAAAGAAGGACACGAAGUAUUUGCGUUAAAUGUACUAUAAAGGAAUACAUACAGAUAUGUCUACCAUGUACCGGGUCAUGGUACCCUACAGUAUAGAAAUGUUAGUUGGAGAGUCUACCAAGUAAACUCAAGAAUCGAAUCAACUAAACACAUCAGAAAUAAAUACAUAGAACGAAAGAAUUAUAGUUCAUUUAUGUAUCUGAGAAACUGAUCAACAAUCUUUUAUUUAAAAUGCAUUACAUCUAGAUUGCGACGGAAGCAGAAGACCUUAUGGUCAAUAGUCCUACCGUAUUUCAACCAAUACUUGUAUAUCCAAUGUCCAUCAAGUAUCAAAAAGAUUGAAUUUCCCCAAUGAGAUUUGAAUCCGUUCAACUUCUUGAGCUAAAA